GAAGAUAUCGGACGAAACCACAUUUGUCAAAAUAGGUGUCGACAACAACCAAGGAAUGUGGAUACAAACAUAGGCAUUAUAUAUAUUCCUAGAUGUCUAAAAGUGGAGUCAUCGGCAUCAGUAACUGGCGGCCAUCUUGCGUCGGAGAAUGUCUGGCAGAUUCUAAAGCAGCGGACGUAAGGACUUCACCCACGAGAAAGCCUGUUCCAGUAACAAGUCCUGAUCUACGCAGCAAAUUAUUUUAGUUUCCAUUUAAAUAAGCGCAUAAUGGCAAGUACAUACAGAAAGAUCGUGCAGAGAACACUCUGUGCAAUCGGAGCUCAUAGACGUUUUUAUCGGCACUUAACAUCAAGUCCAGGGCGCCUCAUUCGGAUACCCCAGGUCAGACAUUUGAGCUGUCACGUCAGUGACCAUUUGUCCAACUCCACAGCUACCACAGGGAGCAGCUCUUUGUCUUUCAGGAGUCAUACAUGUGGACAACUUAGAUCUGAGCAUGUUGGAGAGAAGGUCACAUUGUGUGGCUGGGUCCAGUACCUAAGACAAGACCUGUUUGUUAUUCUACGAGACUUCAGCGGCCUGACCCAAGUACUUAUACCUCAGCAAGAAUCUGCACACCAUUUAAAAGAAGUCCUGAGUAAUCUCACAGUUGAAUCUGUCAUCAAAGUUACUGGGACUGUUAGGCAACGGCCAGUGGGACAAGAAAACAAGGGGAUGCCAACAGGAGACAUUGAAGUCCUUGCCGAGAAUGUGGAAGUUCUCAAUACAUGCAGGAAGCUGCCAUUUGAAAUUAAAGACUUUGUUAAAAAAUCAGAGUCGAUACGAAUGCAGUUUCGCUACCUGGACCUAAGAUCUUCUCGCUUACAGAAGAACCUCAGACUGAGAUCCCAAUUAGUGAUGAAGAUGAGAGAAUAUCUGUGUAACAUACACGGUUUUGUUGAUGUUGAAACGCCAACAUUGUUCAAGAGAACACCAGGGGCAACAAAAGAGUUUGUGGUUCCAUCCAGAGACCCUGGUCGUUUCUAUUCCCUCCCUCAGAGCCCUCAGCAGUUCAAGCAGCUUCUAAUGGUGGCUGGUAUUGACAGAUACUUCCAGGUAGCUCGAUGCUAUCGGGAUGAAGGCUCCAAACCUGAUCGCCAGCCUGAGUUCACUCAGGUCGACAUAGAAAUGUCUUUUGUGGAUCAGGUGGGCAUCAUGUCCCUGGUGGAAGGUUUGUUGCAGUACUCUUGGCCUACAGAGAAAGGACCCCUCACAGUUCCUUUCCAAACAAUGACAUAUAAAGAGGCCAUGAGAGACUAUGGGGUGGACAAACCUGAUACCAGAUUUGGCAUGAAGCUGAUGGACCUCAGAGAUGUUUUCCUGUCCACAGAUAUUGGUUUCUUCAAAUCAGCUCUUAGCCAACCAGAUAGCUGUGUUUUGUCCAUUUGUGUUCCCAGUGGAGCCGAACUAUUUACUGGGAAAGACUUAGACAAAAUAAAACAAUCAUCAAAGAUUCAUUUUAAUCAGGAGUUGAGUUUGUUGCUUGUCAGAGCAGAUGGAACGCUAAAGUCUCCUCUGAAGAAGCUAUUAUCGACCUCAGCCACUGAUGCUUUAUUUAAAAAGACUGGAGCUGAACCAGGAGACCUGGUACUGAUAGCUGCUGGUCCUGUCAAAGUGCUGCGCCCAAUGUUAGGUAAUCUACGUUUGCAGUGUGCUGAGCUCCUGGAGUCACAUGGCUUGACUGUCCGUGACUCCUCAGCCUUUCAUUUUCUGUGGGUUGUGGAUUUCCCCCUCUUCUUGCCUAAAGAGAAUGAGCCGGAGCAGCUUGAGUCAGCCCAUCAUCCAUUUACUGCGCCUGUGCCAGAGGACACACAGUUAUUAUACACAGCCCCAGAAAAAGUUCGUGGCCUGCACUAUGACCUAGUCUUGAACGGCUGUGAAAUUGGCGGAGGUUCAAUCCGUAUCCAUAAGGCGUCGGAGCAGCUUCACGUUCUAAAGAACAUCCUAAAGGAGGAUUCUACUGUUCUUGCUCACCUUCUGGAGGCUCUGGACUCUGGUGCGCCUCCACAUGGUGGUAUUGCGCUUGGUUUGGACCGACUGGUUUCCAUCAUGGUGGGUGCUUCCAGCAUACGUGAUGUCAUAGCCUUCCCCAAGUCAUUUCGCGGUCAUGACCUCAUGAGUCACGCCCCAGACUUUGUGUCAGAGGAGGAACUGAAAUCUUACCAUAUUUCAGUUAAGUGGCCAGCAGAGAUGCAGUUGACACAUAUGGGAGAUGUGGAGAUUGGCAAGAAACAUUGAUGGACGCUCAAGAGGAAAUGAACUUCUCCAAUCAUUUUAAUAACAAAGACAACAGAUGAUGAACAGACACCUGGAAAGGAUCAUGGUGUAAUGGUGACACUGAAUAUGUUGAAAUACUCGACUCGUGCAGUGAAAACAGUAACGAGAAAUUAAACAGCUACGAAUCUCUUUAAAAAUCAUGUACAGUUACUUAAAAUAAUCAUGGACUAAAUAAGAGCCUCAAUAAAAAUGUGCAAUCAGGAGAAGGUGUUGAACUGAUCUGUUAACCGAUCGACACCUUGUGAAACUUGCGUUGUUAGAGAUGG